AUGGCCGAUAGUGCCACAUCGUUGAAAAUUUUAUUGAUUGGGGACAGUGGUGUUGGGAAAACCGCCCUUCUAAGACAGUACUGCGACCAGAAAUUUAUAUUUGACACUACCAGUACAAUUGGAUGCGAUUAUAGGUCAAAGAAAAUAUCGUACAAAGGAGAAACAGUAACGCUACAACUUUGGGACACCGCUGGUCAAGAAAGAUUUAGAAACAUCACAACAAGUUAUUACCGUGGGUCACAAGGUGUAUUAAUCGUGUACGAUACAACAAAUUUCGAUUCAUUAAAACAAGUGAGUUACUGGAUAAACGAGUUGAAGAAGGAGAGUGUAGACGGCGUCGUUUUUCUUGUUGGAAACAAAAUUGAUGUGACAGGAGAAUUGAGUAAAGAGCAAGAGGAUAUUGUGAAUAGUGUGAAACUUCAACACUUCGUUGUAUCUGCAAAAAGUGGGAACGGUGUCCAAGAAAUGUUCACCCAACUUGUCACCACGAUUUUGGACCAAGGAGUCUUACCCGAAAAGGUCGGAGACAUGCAGGAAGUCUCCUUGGAACAAAAUAAAGACAAUCAAACUCAACAACAAGAAAAACAAUGCUGCUAA